CGCGCCGAGACGGCUACAGACUCGGGAGCGCGCUCCGUCCUGUAGCAUGGAUGGGACCGGAGAGAGGGACGAGAACGGAAGUUUCAGGCUGGUGUGAAGUGUCCUCCCGUGUCCUCACGUCUCCGAGCCACCAGCCUGCGUCCCCUCAUGGAAUCACCUCCAGCCCACCUGCACCCUGUUCCAGAGCUCCUGCUGCAAGCCACCACCUGAUAGAGCUGCCAGAAGACCCACAAACAGGGCUCCGCUGAGGAGAAGACCCUUCUGACUGACCAGCCGCAAUCAUGGGGGCCACGGGAUAUGGCUACUACCGGGUGGUCAUCUUCAUCUGCAUGUUCAUCGGCUACUCGCUGUACUUCUUCAACAGGAAGACCUUCUCCUUCGUCAUGCCCUCUGUGAUGGAGGAGAUACAGCUGGACAAAGAUGACUUGGGUCUCAUCACCAGCAGCCAGACCAUGGCCUACGCCAUCAGUAAGUUCAUCAGCGGCGUGCUGUCGGACAGGAUCAGCGCCCGCUGGCUGUUCUCCAUCGGCCUCUUCGUGGUGGGCGGCAUCAACGUGGUGUUCUCCUGGUCCUCCACCGUGUCCAUGUUCUCCCUGCUGUGGUUCAUCAACGGCCUGGGACAGGGCUGCGGCUGGCCGCCCUGCGGGAAGGUGCUCCGCAAGUGGUACGAGCCCUCUCAGUUUGGAACGUGGUGGUCGGUGCUGUCCUGCAGCAUGAACCUGGCCGGCAGCCUGGGCCCCAUCAUGAUCACGGUGCUGCUGCAGUACUACGACUGGAGGACCAUCCUCACCAUGUCGGGCGUGUUCUGUGCUGCCUUCUCGCUCAUCUGCCUGGUGUUCGUGAAGAACGAGCCGAAGGACGUCGGCUUGCCCAACAUCGAGGGCGCCGCCAAGAAGGGGGCGAAGGGAGGAAACGGUGAGAGCACCCUGAGCGAGUUCCUGCUGUCCCCCUUCCUGUGGGUGCUGUCUCUGGGCUACCUGGUGGUGUUCGGGGUGAAGACGGCGGCCACCGACUGGGGACAGCUGUUCCUCAUGCAGGAGAAGGGCCAGAGCGCCCUCAUGGGCAGCAGCUACAUGAGCGCGUUGGAGGUGGGAGGUUUCGUGGGCAGCCUGCUGUCGGGCUUCAUCUCUGACAGAGCUGUGGCUCGGCACGGCCUGAGCACCCACGGCAACCCCCGUCACGCCCUGCUCAUCGUCAUGAUGGCGGGCAUGUACGUGUCCAUGUAUCUCUUCAGAGUGACUGUCACGCCUGAAAUCCCGCAGGAGGCUCCUCUCUGGGUCCAAAUCCUCCAUCCCGUGUCUGUCCUGAUCGGCGUGUCAGAGAAAGAGAUUUGGAUCCUCUUCCUCGGAGCCAUGUUCGGAUUCUCUUCUUAUGGACCAAUCGCCUUGUUCGGGGUGAUCGCCAGUGAAAGUGCUCCUUCCAACUACUGUGGAACUUCUCAUGCGGUCGUGGCUCUGAUGGCUAACGUGGGGGCUUUCAUGGCGGGGCUUCCCUUCAGCACUAUCGCCAAGCGGCACAGCUGGGACAUGGCCUUCUGGGUGGCCGAGGUCUGCAUGGCCGCAGCCACCGUCGGAUUCUUCCUCGUGCGCAACAUGCGCACCAAAAUGGGACGGAUCGCCGAGAAAAUAGACUGAACGAGCCAAACGACAGAACGCCUGUCGACAGAACGCCUCUCAAAAGGACUAAUCUGGUGGGAUUGUUCCUCUUUAAACUCUUUGAUGUAGAUACUCAGGGUUAGUAAACAUAAUUUAUACACUCACACGUGCAUAUAUCUUCUCAUGUGUAACAGUCCAGAGAGGCAGUCGAUUGUAUUGAUGCUAAAGAAAACACGAUGGCGGAUUGUCUUGACACGCCUCGUCUGUUUCACUCACUUCGUACCCUGCCUACAGCGGAGGUCAGAUAUAUUUAACUUAAUGAAUGUCGACUUGAGGGUCUGUAGGUUCUCGCCUGCCCGUCGAGGCAUUUGCACAAACGUGGUAGCAUGUGUCACCGUUUAUUUUACGAGGUGCAAUCAAAAAGUCCCAGACUGUGCCUAUAAAAAGAUUUCCUGAUUUAAUUGUCACCUUGAACAGCUGGACGCCGCUCUUAACGCUCCCUCAGGAGUGUCCUCCUCCUGCAAGGGCACUGCAGCCUGGCUGCUCCGCCGGUGAUCAUCACUGAGGCGAUAUCGGAGCAGGAAGACGUGUGUGAUAAGUUAAGGUUUCAGAUCUUCCCUCAGUGUUGACUCACAAGCUCACUCUCUCCGUCCAGCCCUGUGAGCUACUAUUUAAUUAGGUGGAAAAGGCCUGACGUGAGUAAACCUGCCAGUCUGAGGUGAGGUUUUAUAAAAAAAAAAAAAAAAACUAAACAAAAAACUGCUGUCUGACCGA